AUGGUGCGUGCCCCGCGCCUGCCUGGCACAGCCAAAAAUGAAGGCAGGAGGCACCCGCCUCGCCUCGCCUCGCCCCGCUCCCGCUUCUGCCUCCACACUGAGAGCAUGAGAGAUGGAUCUCCUCCUCCUCCGGAUGCCUCCUUUCAGCAGAGCAAAACAGACCGGACAAAGUCUUCAGAGUUGGAGCGGGGCGGGAGGGGGGAGCAGAGCGAGAACGGAAGGAUAUACUCUGUGAGGUUCUGGCAGAUCUUGGCCUUCAUGUUUGCCAUUCAAGAGAUCAAUCAGAAUCCCAGGCUCUUACCCAACAUCACCCUGGGCUACGACAUCUAUGAGACCCAUUUUCAUUCAAGACUGACUACCAAAGCCAUGCUAGACCUGCCUACUGGUGGAGCAAACCAUGUCCCCAACUACAGCUGUAAAGGACAGAAUAACCUGCUGGCCAUUCUGGAAGGGGCUGAAUCUGACAUCUCCAUCCAUAUUUCAACCAUGUCGGGUAUCUACAAAAUCCCACAGACAGGGCCUUGUUCCAGGUGUGUCGAGAGCUGUCGCCCAGGAUAUGCGAAGGAGGUCCAGGAAGGAGAGCCACCUUGCUGCUAUGCUUGUGCUCCAUGUAAGGAAGGGACGAUCUCCAGUGAGGAAGAUGCAGGCCAUUGCAACAAAUGUCCAGCAGACCAGCACCCAAACACAGACCGAGAUCAAUGUAUACCAAAGUCUAUAACCUUCCUGUCCUAUGAAGAACCUUUAGGGAUUAUCCUAGCUUCCUUUGUUCUGUUCUUAUCAUUAAGCACGAGCUUUGUGUUAGGAAUCUUUGUGAAAUACUUAGAAACUCCCAUAGUCAAAGCCAACAACCGGGACCUAUCCUCCAUACUCCUCGUUUCCCUCCUGCUUUCCUUCUCGUCCUCCUUCCUCUUCAUUGGUCAGCCAGGGAUAGCAACCUGCCUUCUCCAACAAACAGUCUUCAGUAUCAUCUUCUCAGUUGCCGUCUCUUCUGUGUUGGCCAAAACAAUCACUGUGGUGCUGGCCUUCCUGGCCACAAAGCCAGGGAACAGGGUGAGAAAAUGGCUUGGGAAGAGUUUGGCCAACUCCAUUGUCAUUUCGUCUUCCAGUGUCCAAGUUGUUAUCUGCACCAUCUGGCUGGGCAUCUCUCCACCCUUCCCAGAGGCCGACAUGCACUCCCAGCCUGGACAGAUCACCUUGCAAUGUAACGAAGGGUCUAUUGUCAUGUUUUAUGUUUCUCUUGGCUACAUGGGCUUCCUGGCUGCCAUCUCCUUCACGGUGGCAUUCCUAGCCAGGAGUCUGCCUGGGUCCUUCAAUGAAGCCAAGCUGAUCACCUUCAGCAUGCUGGUCUUUUGCAGUGUUUGGGUGUCCUUUGUGCCCACCUACCUGAGUACGAAGGGGAAAUACAUGGUAGCCGUGCAGGUCUUCUCUAUCUUGGCCUCCAGUGCUGGUCUACUGGGCUGCAUCUUUCUUCCCAAGUGCUACAUUAUUAUACUGAGGCCUAAUCUGAAUACAAAGGAGCAUCUCAUGAUCAAAACAAAAGACGCUCCUGAGUACUAG